UAUUAUAACACUGACACACUACAGCCUACAAACACGUAAAAUAAAACAUAACAAAAAUGUUCGGUAUACGUACUCCAACAAAGGUCACCACCCCGACACCCCAAGCGAUUGAAAGAGAGGAAAGAGAAGGACUGGCCCCUGUACAGCCACAAACUCCUACCUUAACACCAGCGGUGAGAAAAAGCAUCGGAGAGCUGGAAGCGGCUAUAGCUCAGAGCGCAGAAGGGCUGAAAAAGCAAAAGCAAUAUAAAAACAGACUUACUGAAGCCGCUGCAGUGCAGCAGAGCGCUCUCCUUCAGCUUGACGCCGCCCGAAAUCUCAAAGGCGAAAUAAAGGCAGCGGUUACCUCGGCAGUAAAAAGACUCUACGAACUAGUCAAAGAGGCCGAUUCGCAAACAAAGGAAGGAAAGGAUAAGAGGAAGGAAAAGGAAAGGGGGAGCGAGGAGGUGCUAGAAAAGGAGAAAGACAAAAACAAAACAUACAACAUAGACACCACACCGCAAGCCAAAAUGUAUCAAAUGGACGAACACCUUAAGCGGCUGGAAAAAGAAACUAAAAAGCUGGAAGAUGUAAGCAAACUACUCCAGGAUAAUAUAAAACAAAAUAAAAGAAAACCAGACGCCAUCCUAGAAGAUCAAAGAGGGCAGAAGAUUCUUUGUCACGUCGAGGAAAACGCAAGGAAGCUCGAAGAAAUUAAAGAAAAGAUGGGAGAACAAGAGCUAAAAGAAAUUAAAAUGCUCCUAGAAACCCAAAUUGAGAAAACUGAUGAAAGAGACCGAAAUAUCGAGGAAAGAAUCGAGCGGACGUAUGCUAACGUCGUGGCAUCAAACAGCAACACAGUGCAAAGGCAACAACCAUUCACCACCAGUGAAAUAAAGGCAGCGGUUACCUCGGCAGUAAAAAGACUCUACGAACUAGUCAAAGAGGCCGAUUCGCAAACAAAGGAAGGAAAGGACAAGAGGAAGGAAAAGGAACGGGGGAGCGAGGAGGGGCUAGAAAAGGAGAAAGACAAAAACAAAACAUACAACAUAGACACCACACCGCAAGCCAAAAUGUAUCAAAUGGACGAACACCUUAAGCGGCUGGAAAAAGAAACUAAAAAGCUGGAAGACAUAAGCAAACUACUCCAAGAUAAUAUAAAACAAAAUAAAAGAAAACCAGACGCCAUCCUAGAAGAUCAAAGAGGGCAGAAGAUUCUCUGUCACGUCGAGGAAAACGCAAGGAAGCUCGAAGAAAUUAAAGAAAAGAUGGGAGAACAAGAGCUAAAAGAAAUUAAAAUGCUCCUAGAAACUCAAAUUGAGAAAACUGACGAAAGAGACCGAAAUAUCGAGGAAAGAAC